UUUUUUGGCGGUGUUUCUUUUCCAGUGCUGCCAGAUUGUCUUCGCUUGAUAGUUUUCGUUGUUUACCAAUUGAUGACAAGUCUUCAUAGAAUUUUUCAUCAAUUCGAAAAUUUCGAAUUUUUUCACCUCUAAAAGGUGUUAAAUAGGUAUAAUUUCCAGUUAAUAUGGGAUGAUCAGACUUUUUAUCAUUCUUUGUUAAAAAGAUUUACUUGAUAACAUUAUUUUUAAGAAGGUGAUAGGGUAUUUGAUUCUUGUAACCAAAUGUUAAAUUUGGUUUGAAUGAUAAAACAAUGGAAGUGUUUCCGUUGGAGGAAUCUGCUCCUGGUGGGAUACUGAAUGGAUCGAAUCCAACACAACUUGAAAAAAUGAAAGAAUGGGAUGCAAAUUUUACACAGUUCGAAAAAGUUUUAGAAGCUGCAUGUCAAAGAAACGAUGAUGAUAAACUUUCUUCACAGUCAUAUUUAAGCUCAUUUAACUGUUCAUCAUCAUCAGAGAACUUCUUUACAUCGCCUCAAGUUUCAAAUAAAGAUAAUAAUUUGUGGAAUUAUCCUACAGUGUCUUGUACAGAACAGUAUGAUGAGAAAAAGAAUAACAUUGACUGCACUAAAAGAACAAAAUUCUCUGAAUGUUUGUUAAAUACAAAUGAUCUAACUGAGGAAAAUCCUUGCAACAAAGAAAAGAAUAAUUCUGAAGAAAUGGAUGUACAAGAAGAAAGUGAACAAAAUAAAAGUGAAAGUUCUGAUAGUGAAGAAGAAGAAGAAGAAGAAAGUGAAGAAGAGAAGCAAGUGAAAAAAGAAGAGGAGAAGAAAAAGAAGAAGAAGAAAACUAAAAAAAAGAAGUUGCCUUUUGAACGAUGCAACAUCAGAGAGAUUAUCCCAGAAUCAGAAUUAGAUGCUGAAACAUUAGCUGCCCAGAGAGAAGAACAAGAAAGAAUAAGACGAUUACAAGAAGCACAACAAAGAGCCUUACUUGAGGCUCAACAAAGAGUUGUACUUGAUCCACAACAAAGAUUAUUUCAUCAGCAGAUGCCAGUUCGUAAAUCAUUAGAAAUGAAACCAUUAAGUCUAGAUAAUGCACGUUCCAAAGCCUUUUGGGAUAAACAUUUGAAUUGGAUAUCAAAUGCAAAAACUUGUAAUUCCACACCAGAAAUAAAUUUUACAUUUAAUCCAGUGAAAAAAGAUACAGAUAUUGUAAUACUUGAUAGCAGUGAAGAUGAACAGCCUCCUGAAAUAAAUCCUGAAAAUAAUACAUAUCAAGUUAAAGAGAAAGAGAAAAAUGUAAUAGAUAUAUCCAGUUCAGAUGAAGAAAAUAAAGAAAUAAAACAUUUUAAUAGAGGAGAUGAUGAUGAUAUUGUCAUGUUAAGUGAUGAAGAAGGGGAAAUUGAAGACCCAAACAAUAGUGGCUCUCAUACUGAUGAUUGUCUAAAUCGGCCAGAUGCAGAAGGAAGAGUUCUGGUAAAUCUCGGUCACCCUAGUGAAGAUCCUGACAUAUAUCUUGCACCUCAGUUAUCCAGGAUAGUAAAACCUCAUCAGAUUGGAGGAAUUCGUUUUCUCUAUGACAAUGUUGUAGAAAAUUUGAAACGAUAUCAAACUUCAACUGGAUUUGGUUGUAUUUUAGCUCAUAGUAUGGGAUUAGGUAAAACAGUGCAAGUCAUUUCAUUUGUAGAUAUUUAUUUAUGCCAUACUUCAGCUCGAUCUGUUCUAUGUAUCGUACCAAUUAAUACCAUUCAAAAUUGGAUGGCCGAAUUUGACAUGUGGUUACCGGCAAAGAGUUCUUUGACUGAAGAACAACUAAAGAAAGGAGAUAUUCGACCAAGAAAUUUUAACAUUUAUUUAUUGAAUGAAAAUUACAAAACAACAUCGGCAAGGGCUAACUUAAUUAUGGAAUGGCAGAAGAUGGGAGGAGUGCUGUUAAUGGGAUAUGAAAUGUAUCGAAUGUUAGCACUCAAAAAGUUGUCUAAAAAAAACAAUCGAAGAAAGAAACGGCAGAGAGAAGAAACUAUAGUAAAUGAAGUGGAAGAUGAUGCUCAGAUUAAAAAGUUAUUGGAUGGUAAUAAUUUGUUUAAGAUUUCAUUUUCUUGUAUUUUAAAUUACUAUUUGAAUCUUAGGAGAGGUCAUUCUGUUUUGCAAGAAACCUUGCCACGAAAAGAAGAGCAUGUACUACUUAUCCGAAUGACUCCUAUACAAAGGACAUUAUAUAGAACAUUUGUAAAAAAUCUCAUUCAUGUACAAAAUGCUUCUAAUCCAUUAAGAUUAUUUGCUGUUUGUUGUAAGAUAUGGAAUCAUCCUGAUAUACUAUAUAACAUUCUUCAAGAUCGUAAGGCAGAACUCAGUGAGGAUAAUGAUCUAGAUAUAGAGCUUGGAAAUUUAAUAUCUGCAGCUACAUCAGGGAACAAAAUUAAUAUGCGGAAAAAACGGGUAAAUAAAGAUAUUGGAAAUAUGGGACGAUCAUUUCUAAAUGGUUUUUCUCAGGAAACCGGGACUAGUAUUAGAGAUAAAUAUGAUUCAUCUAUCAGUUAUGAUUGGGCUAUUCCACUUAUGUCGAACUAUAUACCAGGUGUAUUAGAAAACAGUCAUAAGAUGACUGUUUUGUUUUCUAUUAUUGAAAGAACUCUUAGGAUUGGAGAUAAACUACUUAUUUUCAGUCAGUCACUAUUUACAUUAGAUUUGAUUGAAAAAUUCCUUAAUCAACGUAACGUUCCACCUAGAUUGGGAAUAAUUAACAGUAGUUUAGGUCCUGUCAAAUGGUGUAGAAACAAACACUAUUUUAGAUUGGAUGGUAGCACCUCACCUCAAGAUCGUGAAAAGUUAAUUAAUGAAUUCAAUACAAAUGCAAAUAUUAGUCUCUUCCUCCUUUCAACAAGAGCCGGAUGUCUUGGAAUUAAUUUGAUUGGAGCCAAUCGUAUAGUUGUGAUUGAUGCUUCAUGGAAUCCUUGUCAUGAUGCUCAGGCUGUCUGUAGAAUUUAUCGCUAUGGUCAACAAAAGCCUUGUUACAUCUAUAGACUGGUCACAGAUAAUAGUUUAGAAAAACGUAUUUAUGACAGACAAGUAAACAAACAGGGAAUAGCAGAUCGUGUUGUUGAUGAAUUGAAUCCAGAAAGCAAUUUUACAUGGAAAGAAGUAACUACAUUGAUCCAUGAUAAUGAGCAAGAUAAUAUGCUUCAAGACUUAAGUGUUUAUGCUUCAAAAUAUAAUGAUGAAGUUUUAAAAUAUUUAUGCACAGAUUUGAAUCAGUGCCUCAGUAGAGAACCAUUUGAACACGAAUCCUUGCUCUCUGAUCGCAAAGAAUUGAAAUUGACUAAACAUGAGAAGAGGCUUGCUAAACAGAGUUAUGAAAUGGAAAAAAGAGCAAACAUGAUUAGUAAUUAUAAUAGACCUUCCUAUACUAGUGUUUAUCCUGGAAAUUCAUCAGGUAGCUUUAGUUUUCAGGGAACAAAUGUUAGGGCACCUUGGUUAUCGCAAAAUUCAACCAUUCUACCGUCCCAAUCUACACCUCUACCGAUGCAACCUGUAGGACCUUCUGGAUUGAAUCACAUUCAGAAUAGACCACUUCCUCCUCAUUUGGUUCACAGUUUAUUAAGACAAGGUGUUGUUGUGCAGCAUCUUACAGUUCCAAGUGAUAUUAACAUUCCUGGCAAUACAGCUGGUUCACCAUCUGUAGUAAUCAAAGCUGGUCAAGAAGUUCUAGUCAUGAAGACUCAGAAAGGUAUGUAUCUCAAUCUACCAGAUGGAAGAAUAGUGGCCAUACGACUUCCAAAUGCUGUAGAAGAAACCCUUUCCCGAACAGAAAAUUUACAGAAAGAUUUAAGUCAGACGACUGUUAAAUUAUUUGAACCUUCUGCUGAUAGAUCACAACAGUGCAUUGGUAUUGUUCAACAAUCGCUUCAUUGUGGAGGAACAGUGAGAUUUAUACCACCGGGAUCAAAUGCCACUACAGAAAACAGAUUUCCCGAAGUAAUAGAUUUGAGUGAUGACAGUGAUCAGGGUGAAGUAGUUAUCACUAACGAAGUGCUUCCAACGGAAAAAUCUGAAAACACAUUACCGACAACAAACUGGCCCGAGAGUUCAGCCUCGUCUUCCACUCCAUAUAAUUUUAAUCAGCAAACUGAUAACCAAACCCACAUUCCAGAAAAGAUCGACACGUCUUGUGGAAUAGGAUGAUAACUGCCACCCAGUUUAAACGUUUAUGUCCACCAAAGAUGUAUUUGUAUUAAAUAGUUGCUCAUCUGUUUAUUUCAAAGCUUAGUUUUUAAGCUUUUUAUCCUCUUCCGUAAGCAUCACGAGUAGACGACAAAUGCAUUUAAGUUUAUCAAUUCAAAGCGUGGACGUAAAGAUUCGCAUUUAUUUUAAUCAUAGUUUGACUCGUCAAAAGAAACUCUAGACAAGUUGGAAAGUUGAAGCUGCUUUUCUUUCCCUCCUAUUUAAAAAAAUAAAAAAUUUUUUAUUUGAUUAGAUAGAAGUUUUAGAAGUCCGAGAACAUUCGAUGUCGAUCAUACUUCAGCUGUGCUAAUUAACAUUUAUUCUGGUUGUGGACUGUCUCGAACUCAGUCUGUGUGGUCGAUUCAUAUUGUCUGAGCAGCAUUAAAUUUCUCAUUUAUCACAAAUUGUAUUUAGAUGAGUAUGAAUUUAAAUAUUGUCCUUUUUGACUUAUUUUUUUGUAUGUUGUAAAAUGUCCAUUUUCAUAAUCAUGUACUUUGCAUUAAAAAAAACAAAAAAAUUGUCAGAAAUAGCUUUUACUGUUGUAAUUAUGUACAAAAACUUUAAUAAAAUAUCAAAACACUUUUAGUGAACAUUUUCAUCCUUUUGGUUCGAAAACUAAAUUUUUAGGUAAUGCCAUUCAGACUUAUAUCAAGUUGGUUCUGUUAAAGAUUUUUGUUCUUUAAGGCAGUAAAUCCGUCAAAUUCCUUGUUUCCUAGAACAGAUAAAUGUGUCAGUUGCACAAUAAACAUGGCUAUAUUCUAGCCUAGAUUUCAACAACACUAAUAUAACAAUAUUUUCCUACAACUUGUAAUCAAUGUAAAUGAUUGUACAGAAGAAAUAAGAGGGAGGAUAGAAAUAACAAGAGCUAAUUUUCUCAAAAUAAGUAUUUUGAGUAUUUGCUGUCCCCUAAAAAG